AUGAGUUUAGAAGAUAUAGUGAUUGGUAUCAAUAAUAAGGUGUUUGGUUUGCAAUUAUGUCAAAUUGAGGAACAUUUAUAUAUCGGCACUUAUGCGGCAAUACAGAUGACACGUAUGCUAAAUGAAAACAAUAUAAAAACUGUAUUGUCUAUCAUUGACCACCAAAUAGCACCUGAACUGAGAGUCGAUGGCAUCGCAUACCAUACCAUUCGUGUUACAAAAGAGUCUGCAUUUGAAUUGUUGUCGUAUUUCCCAACCGCUUGUCAUAUAAUUAACGAAACUAUCAAAUCUGGUGCCAAUAUUUUAAUUCACUGUAUUGACGGCACAUCCCUGAGCACAACCAUAAUUGUGGCAUAUCUUAUGGCCAAAUAUGAAAUAUCAACAAAAGGGGCGCAAAAUUUGGUUGCCUCUCGAAGACGUCUAAUUUGUCCGAUCAAUGGUUUCGGUCAACAAUUGAUGUUAUUUGAGUCAAUGGGUUAUACAUUAAAUGCUAAUAAUCAACAGUUUCGACAAUUUAUUGCCGAAAUAUACGCUAAUAAAGAUCACUUCAAGGCGUACUUUGAUAGGCAAUCGGUGGCCGAAAAUAUAACUAAAGAUCUAAAUUAUGGCAAACGAUAUAUUUGCAGAAAAUGCAACUUUUUGUUGUUUCAUGAACUUCAUGUACUCGUCAACGAUGAGAAACAAUGUGAAACAUUGGAUGAAGUGAGGAACUGGUCGUGUGAUCGCAUAUUUGUUGAACCGAUGCGAUGGAUGCGCAACCAGUUGGAGGACAAACAGCAAAUCAUUCGGUGCACCGGAUGUUCACAAGUGGUGGCAAAGUUGAAAGUAUGGCUUUUGACGAAUGGAUGCAAAUGUAGACUCCAUGACGGCAUACAAUGUCUUCAGAUACAUGUGAUGGACAACUGCUUUAAAAUUGUUUCAUCAAAUCAAUAA